GGAUAAGCGGAGGAAAAUGGAUGGAUGGAUGGAUGUUUAGCUAACACGUUUACUUCACACUCACUAACUAGUUUACAUGUACUCUCAAUCACGGCACGUAUUCAUGCUCAUAUUUGAUUUUUUAAACCAAGCAACUGCAGAGCUACUCCCUGAGGUACAAGUACACCCUGUUUGUAAUCGCUAAUAUAGAAUACAGUCUUUUUUUUAUUUACUGCAUGUAAACUCUUCCAAGUCAGCUUUGACUUUCUAUUCUACAACCUUCAAAUGGAGCUUUGUGAAGAAAUACAGAAUAUUCCACAUAUGUAUUUAAAGCUUUGUCAAAUUAAACACUUGAUUUUUGAAUUCCACAGUGCCAGAGACUUAAAUUUCCUCAUUUUGCAAGCGCUGUGCACUGCUGGAAACUUCUCACUGCAGCCAUUAAUUAAAUUGUUAACUUUUAUUUCAGAGACAUGAGCAUGCAUACAAACCACAUCGUAACGAGAUGGGAUACAGCUCUGCCGGGAUCAUGAAUUACUCUGCUGUUGAAUGAAGAAUUGGUAAUACUGGACCAGUGAAACCUCCAUCCUCUGUCCACUAACCAUGGGCAGUGCAGAGGAAAUGCACGGGUGGACAGUAAAAAUGAGCAUGCCGAGUGUUUUGGCCAUCGUUAUGGUCUUUUCUAUGAUUCCUGGCGGGGUGCUGAGCGAUAUGAGAGGUACUCAGGGUCUGGAAGCCCAACAAUUGGCCCAAGGGUCCACUCAUCUGCACCGUCGCCUGAAGAGAGGCUGGAUCUGGAAACAGCUGUUUGUCCCCGAGGAAGAUCCCACUCCUCGCGUUAUUGGCCAGCUCAAAUCCGACUAUGACCGAGGUGAAUAUUCCAUCAAGUACAUAUUAUCAGGAGAAGGGGCCGGAGAUGCGUUUGAGAUGGAUGAGUAUUCUGGUGAGAUCCGGACACUGAAGAAGCUCGAUCGAGAGGAAAAGGCCUUCUACGUCCUUCAAGCCCAGGCUAUCAACAGGAGGUCCAAUGAACCAGAGGAACCCGAGUCAGAGUUCAUCAUCAAGGUGCAGGACAUCAAUGACAAUGUCCCGCAGUUCCAGAACGAACCGUAUGUGUCCAGCAUCCCUGAGAUGUGUCCAACCGGGACCACAGUGGCCCAGGUGACAGCCACAGAUGCUGAUGAUCCCAUGUUUGGAAACAACGCUAAGCUCAUCUACUCCAUCCUGCAGGGGGAGCCCUACUUCUCUGUGGAGCCAAAGACGGGGAUUGUUGUAACGUCAUGGCAAAACAUGGACCGCGAGGCCAGAGAGCAGUACCUGGUGGUGGUGCAGGUGAAGGAUAUGCUCGGUCUCAGCGGCGGUUACUCCUCCUCCACCACCGUCACCGUCAGCCUGACUGAUGUCAACGACAACGGACCCACUUUCCAGCAUCACCUGUAUGCCUUUGCCGUCCCUGAAAAUGCAGCAGUGGGCACCACAGUGGGCAGGAUUAUGGCACAGGAUGGAGACACUGGCAUCAAUGCCAGGAUGACCUACAGUCUGGAGGAUGACCUGGAGGAAAGCUCCACUUUUAUCAUCAAAACAGAUCCAGUGACGCAGGAGGGAGUGGUUCUGCUAGCCAAGCCUUUGGACUAUGAAACCAAAAGACGUUUUGUCAUGGCCGCAGAGGCGGUCAAUGAUCAGGUGGACACUCGUUUUCUGACUCUAGAGGAGUUCAGGGACCGGACAACGCUCAAGAUUGUCGUGGAGGACGUGGAUGAGCCGCCUGUCUUCCUCUCAGUGGCCUACGAGUGGAAAAUCCCUGAAAAUGCAGCUGUAGGAACUGCGGUUGGCAGUGUUAGUGCCAGAGACACUGACACAGUCAACAAUCCCAUCAGAUAUUCGAUUGACAAAAGGAGUGAUAACACAAAAGCUUUCAAAAUAGACCCAAACAAUGGAACUAUAACUGUCGCUAAAGCUUUGGACCGGGAGACUACAAACUGGUACAAUGUGACUGUUGAAGCCAAGGAAACAACGCUGAACCAUUUAUCCUCCUCCGUGGUGGUGUUCAUCAAAGUGCUGGACAUAAAUGACAAUGUGCCAAGGCUGGCGAGAGAUUACCAGCCAUUUAUCUGUGAGGGAACACAGGCGGGAGAACUCAUUCAGCUGCUCAGUGCUGUCGACCUGGACGACCCUGUGGAGGGACACCACUUCUACUUCUCCAUGGUCUCUGAGAAGCACAUCAAUCCAAACUUCACUAUCAGAGACAAUCAAGACAACACAGCCAGCAUCGUGGCACGAAGGAGCACUUUUACACGCAAGGAUCGAACCCAGUACCUCCUGCCCGUUGUGGUGACAGACAGCGGCUCUCCAGCUCUCUCCAGCACCAGCACUUUGACCAUCAGUGUAUGCAGCUGCCAGCCUGCCGGCCAUUGUCCCUUAGGGGGGGUGGAGGCCCUCGCCCUGUCCAUGGGUGUCAGCCUGCAAACCUUGUUAGGGCUAGUGGUCUGCCUCGUCACACUCGGCGUGCUGUCAGUCCUAAUGCUCAUGGUGAGGAGGCACAGGCGUAAGCAGCAGGAGGGAUUGGAGGUGGAGGUGAUGGAUCUGGAGCUGCCUGAGACGGUGUCGCAGAAGGUGCUGUACUACGGAGAACCGGGGGGUGGGGGAGCAGACCUGGGCUUCUGCCAGCCUGUUGUCCCGCUGCGACACCACCCGAGGAGGAGGGAGAGGAGGCUGCGGAGGGAGGAUGUCAGGGCAAGCAUACGGAUGUCUCUCAGAGAAUCCCACCUCAUCGGGCCGGACGACGAGGUCUUCCGGCAGUUUAUUCUGGACAGGCUGGCAGAGGCGGAUCAGGAUCCUUACGUUCCCCCAUUCGACUGCUUCAGAACCUAUGCAUACGAGGGGUCGGGGUCUCCCACAGGAUCCCUGAGCUCACUGGAGUCAUCCGCUUUGGAGCUUGAACAUGAGCAACCUGUUUGUAAUCCCAGACCCUUCAUGGUUAAACUCACCCCGUGGUAUGGUGGAGGAGAGGAAGACACCAUCUUCUGAGGUGCUCUUCUUCUUCUCCUUUAAUGGCUGUUUAUCUAAUCUCACCUAUAUAUUACCAUAAUAUCACCUCUAGGCGUUGCACUUGACUCAGCAGCCGCUCCCUAAGAUGAACAUAAUGAGACAGAGCGAGUCCAUGAGGCCUUUUUGCCUUGUUUGUGUUUUUCUGCUCACCUCUUUCGUCGGCUUUAAAUUCAUAAUGUUGCCACAUUGGCACGUUUUUAGUUUUAUUUGAGACUAACGCUGCCAGGUCUCGUCUCAGCACCCCCCAAAAACACACACAUUUACUACUGAACAAACACGACGUGCGACUCUUUCCGCCUCCCACCUCUACAGACAUCUGAUCCCCUUCAUGUUGCCAGCCUUGGCUCGGCAGAGGCUCCAUUAGUGUUAUGUUAUGUUAAUUGAGUUGUCAUAUUACUUAUUACUAACGCAAUACAAGCUGUAUUUAGCGCCUGUGAUGCCGUCGGCACAGGUUGCUGAUGUCGGCUUUUAAUUUUCCAGAACGUGUCAUAUCGGUUCAGCCGGUUUAGGCUUGUACACCAGACCGGACCGGAAAACGUACCCAACUAUAUGAUGGACCGGUUCAGUGCAUUUAAAAUGAGCACCCAUCAGUGACACGAAGUUCUACUUGAAGGAACGUUUCAACAAUUUGGUAAAUAUGGUUGUUCUCUUUCUUACCCAUAGUUAGAGGGGACGAUACCACUCUUAUGUAGGCACGGUAAAUAUAAUGCUAUAGCAUCCUGUUAGCUUAGCAUUAAGACUGGAGACAGAGUGACAGUCUUACAGUUAGCCCGACUCUUCCUUUGGAAGAUUGAGAGGUGUUGGUCUGCGAUUUUCUUUCUUUCUUCUGUCUAGCUGCUGGCUGUAGCUCCAUAUUUAUCAUACAGACAUGAGAUUGGUAUCUCAUUCUCAAACUACUCUGAGCAACUCUGUGUAUUUGACAAAAUGUUGAGCAUUUUCUUUGAAGGUAAAAUCAAUCCACAAUAGUAAUAAUUUCACGUAUGCUUGGCAUAUUUGGACCCGUUUUUGUUUGCUCUAUUUUUUUUGUGUUCUUCCUGACAAGCGACCUUUUAUGGUUGUGCAAAUAUUGGCUGCGUGGGUUUAGCAUGACCUGACAACAUGUUGAGGGUACAAGCGUGUUAUUUACUCUCCAGAAACUCCAGAUUGCAUCCCCGGUUCCACCAAAAGUGAAUGUUUGUGUUGUCCAACCAUAACCAUGUUCCUUUCCCAAGUUGAAGACACAGUAUUAUCACAGUAUGAAGUUGUUACGGUGACUGCGUUACCACACAUCCAGUUGAAACAGAUGUGUAAGAAUAUAGGAAAUCAUUUUAAGUCAGAGUCCAAUAUUGGCUCUCCUUCUAGCUCUGUUUUGUUCUUCACCAGCCCCUGAGAAAAGUUACAUGGCUUCUUAGCUGGAAGCUGCAUCACUAUGUUAAGCUUGUCUGUCUGUUGUGUUGCACUGGGCGCACAUAGGGUUUACUACAAUUCUAUCCUGAAAACAGCUUCCUGCUGCAGCUGAAAAUAAAACUCUGUUGAGAGCUGUCUUUGUUGGCUGGAAAACCAAAACAAUUAGUUUAAAAAGGCUAAAGCACUCCUCAAGACAAGGGGAAAUGCAAAGGUGGUGACAAGUCUUUGUUGGUUCAUCACUACGAGAGGCCGCUUAACAUUGCACAUUGUCAUUUGAUCCAUUCUUGAUUAUUGCAGCCUUUACCAAGUACUUCUUGACUUAAUUUAAGCAAACUUUAAUCAAAAGGUGGAUCGUUUCUAAUCAGUAACAUGGGGUUGAUCUUUAGGGCAUUGACGAACAACCUAUUGUGUUGUUUAAGUACUUGUUGCAUGUACAGCAGUGCCAAUAGCCUAUGAUGAGAUCCACCCAUGAGACAUGAUACUCCUCUACUGUACACUAUUUUCUUGCUACCCUCACUCUGACAAUUCAUCACUAUAGUGAGUGCACAGAUUAGUCUACGCCCAGUCGUUGAGUCACAAGCUGGUAUUAAGUCACUUUGGCAGAUAUAUGUACCUCACAAUCUGAAAUACAACUAGAAAAACCAUCUUAGAAGAAAGUGGAUACACCAAAAAGGUAGAUUAGACCACAAUGAGCUGGGUGAGAGUACAAUAUGCAAGGGGGGGUUCCCAAAGAGUGCAAUAAUGUGAUUCAUGCUUCAAUUAUUGGUUAUUAAAGUGUGAUAUUAUUACCCUCAUUGUAUAACACAUACAGUAUUACUGACCUGUGAAAUGUACAAUUCUGAUACUAUUUGUAAUAUUAUUAACUUUUUUAUCAUGUUUUAUAUUUUGUAUUUUUGCUCAGAACAGUUUGUACUGUACAGUGUUUGUAUUUUACAUUAUGAAAUUAUAUAAAUUAAUGCAUACCUCAAAUGUAUGGCAACAUAUUUUAUUCAAUAGAGAUUUUGUUUCCUGAUUAGCCUUUUUUUGCACAGAAAUUAGAGUUCACAUACAGAAGGGGGUUUCCAUUAAAUAUGGACUCUUUAACAUGUAUAAUGCUGUAUGAUAUGACUUUCUGCUUUUUGUUGAGUCACGAGAGAGCAGAUCACAGGACUCAUGUAAGCCAAUCAGUAGCGGAGAGACAUCGCAUGAGUGACUGGCAGCAAAACUCCAGCAAAGUAAGACUGAGAGAAGAGAAAAAGGCUUCAUUUGAAAUGUAUAGAGAGAGUGAAACUUGAGAAACACAACAGCUGUAGCGCUGUGAAAAAUAUAAUGUAUACAGCGCCUGGCUCUCUUCUUUCUUCUUGGCCAUUUACAGUAUUAUUGGCAAACACGAUCGCGUCUGUUGUGUGGGUGGCCGCUCGCAGGGUGACUUGAGGUAAUUGCAUGGGGCUCAGGUCCAGCCCCCUUCACCUUCUCGUCCCACUAAUUGGGCUGUUUGCUGUCCACAAAGGUCGACUUUUAGACCAGAGAGAAUGUAGUUCUCACUGGAGGAAAAAGUCAACACAAAUAUAUUUACACACCUAUUUGGAAAGUAGUUGGAAAAGCCUCGAGGUAAGAGACAAUAUGAGGGAAACUACUAAUUGCUUGAAUCUGUUCAGCUUUUCCUUUGCUGCCGUGGUUACUUGUAUGAUAGGUGUGCCACUCAGCGGGACAUUUUCCAGACAUCAGUGCAACUCAAAGUGAGCUUCAAAUAGCUUUCACUGUUGGAAACAAUCUGUCCGGCCAGUUCUUUUUAGAAUAAAUCAUCGGCUCACGGUGGUUUCUAAAGACACAGAUGCUCUCAAAAAAAAAGGUCUUUUUAAAGUUCUUUCAAACCAAUCUUCACAGUCCAACAUGGAGGGUAUUGAAUUUGCCCACAAAUGCUCCGUUAUAAUUCCCUUUUCAAAAAGUACCUUAAUGUCAAAAGUCAUUCAGCUGCUGGUGUCAUUUAACCUUCUGAAUUUCUGUCAUUACCCACGGUGAAUGUCACGGGUAAUUUAACCUAACAGCUCCUUUCUUUGUGUAAUUAUACCCAUUACAGCAAUGCGAAGGAUUUCGCUCCGUCAACUGUCUCUGUCCUCUGAACGGGUUAUAGAUUCAGCUCUUCUUUUCAAACCCAGUGCCAAACUCAUCACAAAGCACCACAAUGCUCACUGGAGGGUCUUUGAGGGGGGACUCUCAUU